GAGCGGUUAAAGGGGGCAAUUGAACUCCAGCAGGCAGCAGCCUUCUGAUAGCUCUUAGCUCUUGUUUCUUCCUCUGUUUCGAAGACGUAAUAGAAUUUUGACUUCGGCUGUUAAGCAGCGUUUGUUGAUCUGAUUUCUCCGGCGAUCUUCUCUACUUUCCGUCGAGUUCCCACACGAUUCUUUACAUUUUCCGGUGAGGAAUCUACCGAGACAUCGGAUAUAUUCGAAUUGUUUCGAAUAAUUCCUCACCUCUCACUAUUCUCAAGUCGCAAUUUUUAUCAAAUCACGGAUUCGUUGUGCCAUGUUUACUUCCAGGAUAUGUGGCGCUUGUCUUCCUCCCUCUGAACGGAACGGAGAAUUUCAUUGAAACCCGGAGUCCUCUGAGGAAAUGAAUUUGAAGAGAUUGUGAAAAUGGUAACAAGAAAGGUCGGGAAGUAUGAGGUCGGAAGAACGAUUGGUGAAGGAACUUUUGCAAAGGUUAAAUUUGCACAAAACACGGAGACUGGAGAGAGUGUUGCUAUGAAAGUUAUGGCCAAAAGCACUAUACUUAAACACAAAAUGGUGGAUCAGAUUAAGAGAGAAAUAUCUAUAAUGAAGAUUGUCAGACAUCCUAACAUAGUUAGGUUGCACGAGGUUUUGGCAAGCCGGACAAAGAUAUAUAUCAUCUUAGACUUUGUAACCGGAGGAGAACUUUUUGAUAAAAUAGUUCAUCAAGGAAGGCUUCCUGAGAAUGAAUCACGGAGAUACUUUCAACAACUUAUUGAUGCAGUUGAUUACUGCCACAGUAAGGGUGUAUACCAUAGAGAUUUAAAGCCUGAAAAUCUUCUUCUUGAUGCCGAAGGAAACUUGAAAAUUUCUGAUUUUGGACUUAGUGCAUUGCCCCAACAAGGAGUUGGACUUCUUCAUACAACAUGUGGAACCCCAAAUUAUGUUGCACCUGAGGUGCUCAGCAACCAGGGUUAUGAUGGUUCUGCUGCUGAUAUCUGGUCAUGUGGAGUUAUUCUCUAUGUUCUUAUGGCUGGGUACCUCCCCUUUGAUGAGAUAGAUCUUCCAAUGUUAUACAAAAAGAUCAAUGCAGCAGAUUUUUCCUGUCCACCUUGGUUCUCUCCUGGAGCAAUGGCAUUGAUACGUAAAAUACUUGAUCCAAAUCCUAAGAGUCGAAUUCGGAUUGAAGGAAUAAAAAAUGAUCCAUGGUUCAGGAAAAACUAUGUUACUGUUAGGCAUGGGGAAGAUGAAGUAGUCAAUUUGGAUGAUGUACGAGCAGUUUUUGAUGACAUUGAGGAUCAGUUUGUGUCUGAGCAGUCACAACAUGGUGACAGAGGCCCUUUGAUAAUGAAUGCUUUUGAGAUGAUUACCCUUUCUCAAGGGUUGAACCUCUCAGCCUUGUUUGACAGGCGACAGGAUUAUGUUAAACGACAAACUCGUUUUGUCUCACGUCAACCGGCAAGGGUCAUUACAUCCACCGUUGAAGCUGUUGCAGAAUCCAUGGGUCUCAAGGUCCAUUCGCGUAACUACAAGAUGAGACUUGAAGGAAUAUCUGCAAAUAAGGCUGGGCAGUUUGCUGUUGCCCUAGAGGUUUUUGAAGUUGCUCCUUCUCUUUUCAUGGUUGAUGUACGAAAGGCUUCUGGUGAUACUCUUGAAUAUCACAAGUUCUACAAAACCUUUUGUAGUAAACUCGAGCAUAUCAUCUGGAAACCAACUGAAGGUACUGCAAAAUCAGGUAUGCUUAGACCGAUGACUUGCUGAUCCAGUUCGAUGGGUGUGAUGCAUAUCAUUGAGCAGAUGGACUUGACAAGUCUUUCCCCAGGGCUUGAUACUCCGUCAUUACCAGAGAAGUCUUGGCAACUAUCUUACUGUCUAUAUUUCUUGUAUGGCUUGUAAAUUAGAAUCUUUGUAUUAGGAGUUGGGUCUGGAUAGGCCCAUGGUAUAAAGGUAUCCAAAUUAUUAGAUAAACCACGUAAGGGCAGUCUUAUCAAAUGUAUAAUUCUGACUUCUGAGUAAAAGUGAAUCAUGAAUGAAAGUCUUUCACCUUGUCUCUUCUUGCUUA